UUUGAACAGGUUAUCCAGAUUCUUGGAGACAAGUUCCCUUAUAAACUGAUCUCGAAAAAGAUUGACUUACCAGAAUAUCAAGGUGAGACGGAUGACAUCUCCAUUCAGAAAUGCAAAGAGGCAGCUAAACUAGUUGAUGGACCAGUCAUUGUAGAAGAUACCUGUCUGUGUUUUAAAGCUCUUGGAGGUCUGCCUGGGCCUUAUAUAAAAUGGUUUCUGGAUAAGCUGAAGCCAGAAGGACUGAACAAACUCUUGGCAGGUUUCGAGGAUAAAUCAGCCUGGGCUUUUUGCACGUUUGCUUUCUGUGCUGGAAAAGACAAGCCUGUGCAGUUAUUUAGGGGGAAAACUGAACUUUUGGCAGAGUGUGCAGUGAGUGUGACGGAGUGUGAAGGGAUAGAUGCACCUAGCACUGUAGAUUUGGAAGAUACAGAGGACCUCUCUCUUCAGGAUCCUGGACCAUUAGUGCUUCAUCAUGGGUCACAGUGCAACAUCACAGUUCUGCAAUGCUCAUCAGCUGUUCAGUGUGGCUGA